AUGCUUGACUCCCGUAAAAGAUCAGUACUGGAUCAACCUUCCUCCUCGCAAUACACUCCAGAAAAGCCCAAACUGACAUUAGACAUAAUAAGCAAAUUAGGACCAUCAUGCAAUCUGGCAUUAUCAUGUGUCCCCCUAUCAAACAUACCUGCUCCUUUGCUCAAUAUAUAUCAACAACAUCGAAACGACCAGUUUAACCUCAAAAGUCUUCGUGGAGAACCCACUUUACACGCCAAAAUGAUUGAAAUUCUUGAUGUAGAGGACAAUGACAACAACAGGGCAAACUUUGCUUUUGAGUUGUGGAAAAGUGAGAAAGAAGCACGCGACGCGAAUGAAAAGAAUUUGGAAUUGUAUAAAAUGUUUGGUCUCUGCUUAACUGAUUUUUGGGGUAUUUGCUUUCAAGAUGACUUUCGUAAAGACCAUGAACGCUCAUUCUGGGUUGAACGUAUUGUACCAUUAUUUAAGUAUCUUGGAGCUAGUGAUCAGGUUGUAUUUUCUUGGUGCGAGGAUCAUGCCAAGUCAAACCAAGAAAACCAAAGGGAUCCUGGUAUCUGGUUAAACUCUAAAAAUAACUUCUUUUCAGAUGGCAUAGGUAGAACAGACAUCCAGCAAGAGAAAAUAUUUAUGGAAUCAUCUUCGAGUUUUCAAGUGGAAGACUUUGAACACAGUAUUGGCGAUACAUACAAAUUAGUGGAAUCCAUGUCUUCUAGCUUGAGCACAAUGUUGCGUCGAAAACAAGAUUGCAAACACUCUUCCGUUCUUAAUUUAGCUGUCUAUGGUAUUCAAUGCAUUAAAAGCAAGUUGACUCUCAUGAAGACUACCUUGGACCCUCAUUCGGAUCGCUUCCAGAUUGUUGAGUUAAGAAGUGCUAGUAUCCCUACAGCAUGGGCGCAAAGAACUAGUAUGAUCCGAGUAUUUGAGCUUCUGGUUUGCUUACACGUAAGUAGAAAAGAUUUUUCUCAUAUUUUUUCUUGCUUACUCUUAGAUAUUAAAUAG